AUGAAGAAAAAGGUGCUCUUGAUGGGGAAAAGUGGUUCGGGCAAAACAAGUAUGAGAUCAAUUAUUUUUGCUAAUUAUAUAGCGAGAGAUACAAGAAGGUUAGGAGCCACAAUUGAUGUUGAACAUUCUCAUGUCAGAUUUCUUGGUAACUUGGUGCUUAAUCUUUGGGAUUGUGGUGGACAAGAAGCAUUUAUGGAAAAUUAUUUUGCAUCUCAGAGGGACAACAUUUUCCGCAAUGUUGAAGUUCUUAUUUACGUGUUUGAUGUUGAAAGUAGAGAAAUGGAGAAAGAUAUGCAUUAUUAUCAAUCAUGCUUAGAAGCUAUAUUACAGAACUCUCCUGAAGCCAGAAUUUUUUGCUUGGUUCAUAAAAUGGAUCUGGUAGCAGAAGAAAGGAGAGAAGAGAUAUUCAAAGAAAGAGAAGAAGAUUUAAAAGGACUAUCUAAACCACUUGAAUGCACAUGCUUUAGAACAAGUAUAUGGGAUGAAACUUUAUACAAGGCAUGGUCUAGUAUAGUAUACAAAUUAAUACCCAAUGUUAAAGCAUUGGAAUCAUCAUUAAAACAGUUUGCAGCUAUUGUUGAUGCAGAUGAGGUGCUGUUGUUUGAACGAGCUACAUUCCUAGUUGUAUCGCAUUGUCAGCGACGGCAGCAUCGUGACGCUCAUCGCUUCGAGAAAGUCUCUAACAUUGUGAAACAGUUCAAGCUCUCUUGCUCCAAACUUGCAGCUCAGUUCCAGAGUAUGGAGGUACGUAACAGCGUGUUCGCCGCUUUCAUAGACGGCUUCACAAGCAACACGUACGUCAUGGUGGAGAUGUCUGAUCCGAAAAUUCCCUCCGAAGCAACUCUCAUCAAUAUUCGCAAUGCGAGGAAGCAUUUCGAGAAGCUGGAGAAAGUAUCAUCGAGCACGAGUCAGUACCAAUGA